UUGUGUGACCUCCAGGCUGCCAAAGUGAGGCUGGGAAUGAAAUGACAAUGUGGCCAUUUCGGGGCCUGGAGGUGAACCGAGCCCCAUGUGACCUGAGCUUCAUGGAGGCCAUCAAUCAGCGCAUGCAGGUGCCCAACAGGCUGAAGAUGGCGGAUGAGUCCAACCCACUGGAUGAGGAGAGAAAAGCUGAGGAGCUUCGCCCUUCCUUCCAGAUGCACAUCCCUGAUAGGCUGUCGCUGGCAGAGAUGAUGGAUGAUAGUCGAAGGCCUCUCCUGUUGGACCAGCUAAGGCAGCACCCCUCUAUUGUUGUGCAUACGCUUCAGGACCCCUCUACCCAGCCUGCAGGAUUUGGGGAGCUCCUGUUUCUGGACACCACGGCCCAGUCAGGCACCCAGAAACGCAAGCGAUCGACCCACCAUGGCAGACUGAGGAAGGAGAGAACUCCGAGCGAGACCCCCGAGAUUGCCUUGCGUAGCAUGAGCCGGAAGCCUGACCGGCCAGGCAUAAGCACACUACCCAGCCCCCCAUUCCCCCAGGAUGCCAGGAUCUACUCCCCGCAGAACAUUUUCCAGAUGGUGUACUUCCUGGGUCACCUACUCUUCCACCGUGUUAAGAAGUCUGCCCGAGACCAAGCCCAGCCCAGCUCCCAGAACACUGGGCCAGCCUCAGAAAGCUCCCUGGAGGAGAUCGGCGUGACUGACAUUAUAGCCAUGAGGAAACAGUUGAACAAGAUCUCGGGGAGGCUGCGGACUCUGGAGGAGCAAUGUACUGGCUGGCGUCAGAAGGAGCUUCUGGUCUACUCUGUGCUAGUCUCUGCAUGUCUCAUCAACACCUGGCUUUGGCUAAGGAGAUAAAGAGCCCUACCCAUCCCAGGAGAGACUGUGUGUGUGUGAUGGGGGAAUCCUCACUAGAGCACUUAUGAACAGUAAACUCAGUGUGCUUCUUAAAGUGACUGGCCCUCUUCUCCUAGUGUAGAUUCCCUGCGGAUCUGAGACCUUUGGCCCCUGUUGGAGUGAAGAUGAACAGACGGGGAUGUACUUGCAAUGCUGGAGGAAAUGGGGUGGGGGGAGGAGUGAGAACUGCAGGGCUGGGUUCUCUUGCCUGUGAAGCCAGUGACUAUGAGGAGAUGUUUGGGAGGGCUUGCUUAUAAACAAUGAAUUUCGG